ACAGAAAGAAUAUGCAUGUGGGGCUAGCAGUGUUGAUCAGUUUGCUUCGUUAUUUAGUUCAUUUUUAUUGUUGUAUCUGCAUGUCGAUGUUUAAAUCUCUGAGAAGUGACUGUCCUUUAAGCCUUUCGUGAAAUUAUGAAGUAAUGGACCUUGAUUUUCAGUCAAAUGUUGCUACUUAGUUCACUGCAAAGACUAGCUAAGCAGCUAACAUUAACAUUCACCUGACAGUAAGCAGCACACACUGGUCAUUUCUUUUGCACCGAUGGCUGAAGAGGGCACGAAGAGUGGGUCUGUGUGUCCGCAGGAGAGUGAAAAUGUGGAGACUGUGAACGGAAAUGAAGAAGCAGCAGACGAAACUCUGUCUAAAAGGCAAAGGAAGAAGCUUCUGAAGCAGCAGAAAUGGGAGGAGGAGAGGGAGCUGCGAAAGCAGAGACGAAAAGAGAGGAAGCAGCAGCGUCGUAUGCAGAGGCAGAAUCACCAGGAGGAGGAGGAGGGAGGUGAUGUUCAGAGUGCAAAGAAACGUCCACGCAGAGAGGUGACACCCAGCUCUCUGAGGCUGGUGGUGGACUGCAGCUUUGAUGAUCUCAUGCUCAUUAAGGAUGUUAGGAAGCUUCACAAACAGAUCCAGCGGUGCUAUGCUGAGAAUAGACGAGCCUUACAUCCAGUGCAGUUUAUAUUAUCAAGUUUGGGUGGACAAUUGAAACAAAGCAUGGAUGAAAAGGAUAAAGGAUGGGUGAAUUGGAAGGAUAUAACCAUCAAAACAGAGCACUACAGUGAAGUUGUGGCCAAAGAAGAGCUGGUGUACCUGACAUCAGACUCUCCAAACGUUCUGUCAGAGCUGGACCAAAGCAAGGCCUACGUUAUAGGAGGUCUGGUAGACCACAACCACCAUAAGGGCAUCACCUUUGAAAGAGCGAAGGAGCUGGGAAUCGAUCACGCCCAACUACCUCUAAGUAGUUUCGUCAAGAUGAACAGUCGGAAAGUCCUUGCUGUCAACCAUGUGUUUGAGAUCAUCCUGGCGUAUCUGGAGAAGGGCAGCUGGCAGGAGGCUUUCUUCACCGUUCUGCCGCAGAGGAAAGGAGCCGUGGCAGUCGAUCAGGACGAAACAAACACUCAGGAUAAAGAAGAAGAUGAUUCAGACUCUGACUCUGAUGCAGACACACAAGACCAAACGGAGAAGAAAGCCUAAAACUUAGGUUAUCAGGACAGCUGAUACUUUGGAAAUGAAGAGGAUGAGAUUUACUGAUGCUGAAACAGUUUCUAUUCACAAACCAUCUGUUUUUGUUCAGAAACCUCUCUUUUAUUUUUAUAAUGUAUUUAUUUUAAGUUUUAUGUUGUAGGUGGUUGCUUAGUUGAACAGAUACAAAAAGAUGAAUUACGUUUAGAUAUAAGGAUGCAACUGUUGAUAUUAUGUUUAAGAAUGCCUUUUUAAUUUUGGUUUUGAAAUGAAAGAUAAACGUCAGACACAUGAAAAAAAGAUUUACUAUUUGAGUCAUGUUAAAGAUGCCAUAAUUACUGCCAAGAUAUUUUUAGGGUUGUAUUUUCAAAGUAGAAAUAUUUAGGAAGUUUCUUCAUCAGUUUGCACUUAUUUUAUAGGAACAUGGCAAAAUAUAGUUUCACCCAAAUAAAAAUGAAAAAAAACAAACAAACUUUUAUACUUUU